AUGAAUGAAGCUAAUGACGUUGAUUCGAUAAAAGGGGAUGUUUCCGAUCAAACUGAACUGGAUGAUAUCUCGGUUUCAUCUGUGAAGCCUCUGGUAUCGCAAGACGAUGAAAUAGUGUCCCAAAUAUCUGACUCAACUGAACAUAUGACAGAGAGAGAACAAGAUAUACAAGGCCAAAUCCCUGAAGAUUCCAUAAUUGGCAGCUAUAGAGUUGCCUGUCAAAGUAAUGAUAUAGACACGGUUAAAGAGUUAAUAGAGUCAGGAGCAGUUGAUAUUCAUCAUGACUACAAUGACAAUGAUCACAUCACUGGUCUUCAUUGGGCCUGUGUUAAUAACAGAUUUGCUAUUUCUCAAUACCUGAUUAAAAAAGGAGCUGAUGUGAAUAAGAAAGCAGGCAAGUUAAAUGCAACCCCAUUACAUUGGGCAGCAAGUUAUGGAUACGUUCAUAUAGUUGACUGCUUAUUGAAGCAUGGAGCUGAUCCAACAAUUGUGGAUGAUCAAGGGUUUAAUUUAUUACAUCUAUCUAUAAAUAGCUCUAAUAUUAUGUUGGUAAUCUAUGUGCUGUAUUUUGUUGUUGAUAAAGGCAUCAUUGAAGUUGAUUGUCAAGAUCCUAACGGUAGAACGCCAUUACUCUGGGCAGCUUAUCAAGGGGAUUCAUUGUCAAUAAAGAUGUUACUAAGUUUUGGUGCCAGCACAAAAAUAGUUGAUAAUACUGGAUUUACACCUCUUCAUUGGGGUGUAGUUAAAGGCCAGCCUCAUGUCCUGAAAUAUUUAAUUAAGGAUGGUGCUGAUUUUUUUGCUAAAACCAAUGAUGGGAAAGAUUGUUUUGCAAUUGCAGAAGAAAUGAACACAACAUAUUUUUUGAGAGAAGCUUUGGAUCAUUGUGGUUUUACGAAAGAUGGCUUUCUAAAGAAGAAACUAUUUAAGAAAAGUUUCCAUGCUAAAAUUUUAACAUUUUUUCUUCCGUGGAUAUUAUUGGGGUCGAUCACAUUUCUUUUCUCUCAUAUUCACCCAUUAUUUGCACUUAUAAUUACAUUGAUCUUAUUAAUAAUUACAAAUCAACUUUUACAAAGAGUCUUAAUCCCAUGUUACACAGUUACGACUAAUAAUACCAUAUCUUUAAUACAGACACCUUUGUUUGCAGGGUUGUUUGCAGGUAGUGUUUUUUGGCUAUCAUCUGUUUGGAUUACCAAAGUGUUCUUAACUACUGUUACACUGAAGCCAUUUAGAAACAUGUCCUUGUUGAUUACAAUUUCAAUAAUAUGCAUACUAUUUGGAAAGUUAAUUACAUCAGAUCCCGGUAAUAUAUAUGAAGAAAAAGAUCAUGGUUUAGUCAGAGAAAUGGUUGAAGAACUUAUGAAGUUAGGAAAAUACGACACUAGCAACUUUUGUAUUGAGACUUUAACCAGGAAACCGUUAAGAAGCAGAUAUUCUUAUAUGAAUAAUGCUCUUGUUUCGAGAUUUGACCAUUAUUGCCCAUGGGUGUAUAAUGAUGUUGGUUUAAAAAACCAUAAAACGUUUUUAUUUUUUAUUCUAUCCAUGGAAACUGGUAUUGGUCUGUUUACGUCAUUGUGUUUAGAAUAUUUUGAUCAACUUGAGGAUCUCUAUGACGAUGAUAAAUUGAAAUGUUUAUUAUUAGGAGAUGAUGAAUUAUGUGCAGGUUUUACGCAUGAUCGUUUUAGUUUUUUAAUAAUGGCAUGGUCUGCGUUUCAAUUUCUAUGGGUAAGUUUAUUAAUAUUUGUUCAAGUUUUCCAGGUUACUAAGGGUGUUACAAGUUACGAAUUCAACAAGAUUGUCAAACAUGGAAAACAAGUUACAAACUCUUUGCCUUUCAAAGAGACAUUUAAUACCACACCGGAUAUCAGUGUCCCAAAUAAUGGAUCUUCUUCAGGUGGAGAUGAUAAUGGAACGACUGAUGGAGAAAUUGGAGACACAACAUCUUCGACAAUCCGUCACAGAAGAUCCAAUAAAAUAUGGGGCGUAUGCGCAGCUGUAUUAGGUAUUGAUCAAUGGAUUAUGGUCUUGAAAGAAACUAUUGGUCUAUUGCCAAAGAGGCAGACAAGUGAAUCCGAUAGACCAUUCAUUGUAACAAACUAUGGAAUCAAGAAUAAUUGCAUAGAUUUUUUUCUAACAAGUGAUACCUCUGCACCAAUCUGGCAAAGAUUUAUCUACGAACCAACAUCCCUUAAAGCAUUGUUGAACAAUAAUGAAGUUGAUUAUGCUACAUUAUACUCUUUGCCCUCUAUAGGUACAACAGACGAUGUUUCAACAAUUGUAUAA